UUAUCUGGAGCUCAUCUAAAACAACAGCGACAGAGGAAUAACUCAAUGUAGGGCUAUCCAGUAUGUAUGAUAAUACUGGAACCUACGAACAGUCCGACGGUAUCAGCUCAGAGACUCAUUUAAACUCCCAACAAGGCGGAGCGACAUCGUCCCCUGAGGAGCCCAAAAAGUCUGAGAGUAAACUUUUAAGUAGUAAUGGAAGACAGUCCAGGGUUUCCAGUCAAUUUCGAGCUGCCCUGGAGGAGCGCUUGUCCAGAGUCAGUACGCGCUCCCCGCCCUCUUCACAAAACGCGGCGUCUCGUAGGUCAAGACUGCAAAAGCAGCAGGAGAUAUCUGAGCCUGGAUUCAGUACUGCUGAACCGCCAGAGAGGGGCUCGCUUACCCCUUCUAUGCGAAAAAAAUAUCUGAAGGAUUUGCUUUUGAACAACAAGUUGCAUAGUGGAUUUGGAAGUAUUCUGUUGUCCAGAGACUCGAGCGCAUCCUCAAGGGAUUAUGGGGGAGACGCACAGUACGGUGCAGACGAAAACAACUGCACGUUCUUCGUUUUGGAUCCCAUGGAGCACGCCUGGAUGCUUUCUGUUAUAGAUGGAAAUUAUGAGACAAUACUGGAAUACCUCUCGGAGGAUCCCAGUUUGUUAACCAAGAAGGACUUCAUCAGUGGUUACUCUGCGAUCCACUGGUUAGCGAAAUAUGGGAGGGACGAGGCAUUAAUAAAACUUCUCAAGCUCGCUGAAAAAGAAGGUUUCCCCGUAAACGUGAACUUGAAGGGGAGUGGGGGUCUCACUCCGCUUCACGUAGCGGCCAUGCACAGCCAGUAUAUGGUAAUAAAAAUUUUGGUCGGCGCAUUUAGUGCUAAUGUAGAUGUUAUGGACUAUAAUGGGAAGCGAGCAUGGCAAUAUCUCAAGGGAAACGCCCCGGCUGAGAUGAAGGAGCUUCUUGGAGCAUGGGAUGAUGAUCACACUGUAGGACGUCAAAAUGUUAAUAACAACAGCUCUGGUUCCGAGUUACCGUUACAAGAAGAAAUUCUAGAGAACGUGAGAGAACCAGAGCCGUUUGAAAGGAGAAAUGCACGCUGGGCCUUUGCUUCAUUUAAGAAGUUCUUUGGUCCGUUUACGUGGUUCAGCAAAAAAGACUGUUAUGGACAUACAGGACAGAACAACUAAGGGAAACGUUAUUUUGGUGUGUAACUGUCCCCAAAACAGGAUAGUGACCUUCAGGUCAGCGCAU